UACAAUGCUUUCUGGUAUUUUGUGCGCCAUUCUUUGCACAACGCUCCCGGUCGUUGGAGGUUCACAUUUUCGCGGAGGUACAGCAUCGUGGAAGCUCAUAAGCUCAAAUGGAAAUGAUCAUGAGAUUGAAAUGAAUUAUCGUCUUGGUUGGAGAAGAGACUCCAAUAAUCCAGGGUGCGACGACGAUAUGAUUUUGAGUCAAGUCGAAGCAUAUGAUGAAGGAAGUUGGUCGCUUUAUGGAGCAUCUAGUUACGAUUUCCCCCAUUCUACUGCAAUCAAAUGCACUGUUUAUGAGCCUGACGAAAAUUGGGCGUAUGGUUAUAAUAGCUUUCGCGCUAAUAUCACAUCGUCAUCGAACUUUGACAUCAUCUUUGCUAGCGGUGAUUGGAUUGGUGGUUUAUAUCGUGGAAGUAACGGUCACUGGUCUGUUGGUCUGCUAGGAAUAGACCUCGGAAUUAGAAGCGAUACUGGGAAUGUUAACAACCCACCAAGAACUCUCAAUGCACCAAUAGUAAGGUUACAGCUGGGAUGCCCCAGUACUAUAAUAAUCCAAGCUCUUGACGAUGACAAUGAUGAUGUGACGUGCAGGUAUGCCACUGGUAGUGACGAAUGCGGAGAUGUAUGUGGAGGUUUUCCUUAUAUUACUUUAGUAGAGAAAACAUGUACACUUGAGUAUAAUGGAGGUGGAAGAUACUACUUGGUCGCAAUUGCUUUGAUGUUAGAGGAUCAUCCAAAACAAACAAUAACUGUUGAUGGAAGCACCAUCACAACGUCAAAUGUGCUCAGUAAAAUUCCUCUACAAUUUAUCAUUGAUAUAUCAUCGGCGUCGUCUUGCAACAUAAACCCAACGUAUCCACCAUAUUCCAUUCAAGACGGAGAAACUUUCGUAAUAUCUGAUACCGAAACGUUCAACGAGACCCUCUAUGCGUACCCAAGCGUUUCUGGAGGAAGCAUAACACAGUUUGUUGUCAUUGGGCCUCUGGGGUUGCACCAGUCCGAGAUAACUGAUAAUGGAAACGAUCUUUUUUCGUCGAACAUGAUUUGGGAUGCAACAUCCGAUCAAUCAGGCGAUCACACAGUUUGCUACUACGCAGUGGAUUCUAAAGGGCUACAUUCUGAACAAAGAUGUUUCACUAUAACUGUAACUGUAAAUAUUGAUCCAUGCGAUGUCGACAACGGUGGGUGCAGUGACACUUGCAUAACUGAUACCAACUCGCACAGCUGCUUAUGCGAUUUAAAUUGUUGGUCAAUACACGACAAUGACAGAACUUGUCUUCCCUUCUCGACGGUUGAAUGUGACGGUCUUACAACGAACAUCAGUAUUGCAAACUGUGCAUCAGAAGAAGUUAUAUUUGCUGGAGAACACAAUAAUCUAAAUUCAGAAUGUCAGUCAACCAGAGGAACUUCCCAACAGCAUCUUUCAUUGACCAGUGGGCAAUGCGGAAUGACAACUGAGUCCAGUGCCGCUGGCAUCCAAUAUGCAACCGUCAUUUAUGUCUACAAAGAAGAUACUGCUGGAUCCAGCUCUGUCAUAACGAGAGGUGAAUGGGUACAGAUAUCAGUUGUUUGUACUUUACCAGCAUCAUCAAAUUUAACCGGAUCUUUUGUACCUGAAGUUCCGAUUACUGGUGAUAAUGUACAAAAUGAGGUUUCUAUUGAAGGAAUGGGAACAUUUGUGUUUUCGUUUGAUAUUUACCGUACAGAAAGUUUCACGACAGCUUAUAGUCCAGCCGAAUACCCAGUAGAAGUUUCUAUCGAUGAUGACAUAUACUUUGCACUUCAAGCGGUUGGGCGGGGCGAUUUGACUUUGUUCACAGAAGAAUGCGUAGCGUUGUCAACCGAGACGAUAACUCCAACAACUUUAGAAUAUCCCUUUAUAUCAGCUGGAUGUCUCGAGGAUCCUACGAUGGAAAAAUAUUUAUCAGAUAAUCCUCUUGAAAACAGAUUCAGCAUACAAGCGUUUCAAUUUGCAGACAAACUACUUGCUUCGAAGGAAGAUGCAGCAGUUUAUAUACAGUGUUCUGUACUUCUGUGUGAUUUAUCAAAUACUACGAGAUGUUAUCAAGGAUGCGUAUCUUCAACAUUCAGAGACAAAAGAUCAAUUCUACAGCACGAUUCUAUUGUUAGAGCUAACUUAGCAAAGAAUGAUAGUGAUAACCAAGAUGUCGAGGAUGACGACGACGAUGAGAUUCCUCUCACCACCAAAGAAUCUUCUCCGCAAACCAUUUCAAACGCGCUGGUUUUGAUAUUUGAUGAUGAUGGUGGUAAUGAUAACGACGGCGGAAACGGAAGUAAAAGAAAAGCAGUCACAACGGCGUGGAUCGCAUUUUUGCUCGGAGUUAUUAUUUUCCACCGAUUGGAGUAAUUAAUAUUAUAAUUAUAUCGUAUUGAGCACAUAAUUUACGUAGUUAUUGUGGCAUUUAAAACCAAUCAA